ACAAAAUUGAAAGAAAUAAAUGAUUGAUGAAUGAUGUCCCCGAAGUGGGGCAGAAGAGAAGAGAGUAGAGAGCGCGUUUACGAUCUAAUCUCUCCCACCCAUCUUUUUGUUGACAACCAAAAGCAAUCAAAUCAAUGUUCAUGACAUCAAUGAGUGUAGUAAUAAUAAUUUUAAAACCUAGCUAGGUGACCGUUGCUAGGACACACUCAUACCCCUCUCCUAAUCAUCUAACGGUCACUUUCCACUAGAAGCUAGCCGUUGCUUUUGAAAAUACCACACCUUCCCCCUUUUUCUCUCUCUCAUUCCCCCUCCCCUCUUUACCUAUCAUUCCUCCUGUACUUGUAGUUUUACGCUUCCGGGGGCCUUGAGUUCUUUAAAUGCUCUUUCUUUUACUAAUUCAAAGGCUUUACCCUUGGUCUCCUUCUUCUUCUUCUUCUUCUUCUUCUUCUUUUGGGGCGGUUGGUGGUUGUUUUUGUUCUUUUAGAUAAUCAACCAAAAUGGAUCAUAUAUCUGAUGACAACAACCCUAAUCUUAUCAAGCCCACAAAUUUUCAAGGAGUAGUACUUAUGGGUUGCAGAAAGUUUGGACAGGAGAUUAGGGCACACAACAGAAGAGCUUUAAGUGUCGUUAAUCAGAAUUUACUAGGAGCUAAAGCAUACCCUUGUGUUGUUAAUAAGAGAGGCCUGUCUAAAAGAAAUGAAAAUUUUGAAAACAGCCAUCUUGAUCCAGUGCACAGACCUAUUACCAGGAAGUGUGCUGCUCAAAUUUCGAGUAGUCAACGGCAUUGCCCCGAGGAAACUAAGAAGCUGAAACCAUCCAAUAUUCCAAGCUCAAAUGAGUUCGGAGACUGUAUAUUUAUAGAUGUGGAGGAAAACAAGGCAUCAUCCGUAGACAAGCCGGUACCCAUGUUCUUAGAAGAAACAGCAACUAGGCUCUAUGAAGCUGAUGAUAUGGAGGAAGUCGAAAUGGAGGAUAUAUUAGUUGAGGAGCCAAGUGUUGAUAUUGAUGGCUGUGAUGCUAAGAACCCACUGGCAGUCGUCGACUACGUUGAAGAUUUGUAUGCUUUCUAUAGAAAGAUGGAGAAUUUUAGCUGGAUUUCACCAAACUACAUGGCGCAGCAGUCUGACAUUAAUGAGAAAAUGAGGGCUAUACUGAUUGACUGGCUUAUUGAGGUGCACGACAAAUUUGACCUCAUGGGCGAGACAUUAUUUCUUACUGUUAAUCUCAUAGACAGAUUUUUGUCCCAGCAAACAGUGUUAAGGAAAAAGCUUCAGUUGGUUGGAUUGGUUGCUAUGCUCUUAGCAUGCAAGUACGAGGAGGUCUCUGUUCCUGUUGUGGGAGAUCUAAUCCUUAUAUCAGAUAAAGCUUACUCUAAGAAAGAAGUUCUCGAAAUGGAGAGAUUGAUGCUUAAUACAUUGCAGUUUAACAUGUCAUUUCCAACACCGUAUGUUUUCAUGCGGAGGUUCCUGAAAGCCGCUGAGUCCGACAAGAAGCUUGAGCUUCUAUCAUUCUUCUUGAUUGAGCUUGCCCUAGUGGAAUAUGAGAUGCUUAAGUUCCAACCGUCACUAUUAGCAGCUGCUGCAAUCUAUACUGCUCAAUGCGGUCUGUAUGGAUUCAAGCAGUGGAGUAGGACAAGCGAGUGGCAUAGCAACUGCUCGGAAGAUCAGCUAUUAGAAUGUUCUAGACUGAUGGUUGGUCUCCAUCAGAGGGCAGCAACAGGAAAACUAACAGGGGUACAUAGAAAGUACUGCACAUCCAAGUUUGGGUACACAGCAAAAUGUGAACCAGCAAAAUUUCUAUUAGAAGAUACUCUCACCCAACCAUAGGGAAGGAAUGUGUAUAGCAACUACUGACUAUACCUGAUUUGAUGAAGAGAGGACAGAUAGAUAAUAAAGGAGCAACUUUGUGUUGCAAUUAGGAAAUAAAAAUUUUGAAAAUUUUUUAAGCCUGCAACAGCCAUGGUUGAUUUCUGUGUAUGUUUCAAAUUGAACAUAAUUUCCUUGUGACUUCUUUUGAUGGUACCUUUGUGGAAAUAUGUUUGAAAAAAAAGGCUAGGAAAAAGUGCUUUGAAUAUGACAUUAUACUUGACGGUUUAAAUUUUGAUGAUGUGAAUUUGAAAUAUUCUUAAUAAAGAUCAAUGUUGACCUUCGUUUUUUCUCGUUUUAAUAAAGCCAAAUAUUUAAAUUUGGUUCACCUCUUUCCAAGUCUAAAACAAAAA